CUGGACGAGAGCAGACGAUACUACGACUACGCACUGCCGAAGCGACCUUUUUAUAAUAGCACAUCGUAUUCGUGUAUACCUUUCCCAGCACGCAGACCGGCUGGCCGAACAAUCAAGCGGCAAGCGGUCAAGAUACCGGAUCAGACGAGGCGAUCAACAUCUCCUCCGCCUGAUUAGAACGGCAAUUGGCGAGUCGAGAGUAGAAAAAGGAGUUCAAAGUUGGCUUCUCUCGCGAACGUAAUCGUCGUCGACUAGGAUCGUUCAAGUCCCAUCGCCUCCAUCUCUCAUACUCGCACUGGAAACGCUCACAUCGUCGCUACUAUGAAGCAAUGAUCGAAGCGUCCCCUUCUCCCACGUCCACCCAGUACACAGCGACCUCUGCAGAUUCGGAAUCACUCCCAACAAUCUCUAGCCGGAACUCGAUCGAGGACGACCGGAGUCCAUUCCCCGUGAUACGUUUCCCGGGGAGUACACCCGAACGUCAGGGAGGCAUCGAUACCGCACCGCGAGGUCUGGCAUUUAAAGACCACGUGGAACAGGAAGAGACGAUGGAUGGACUGGUCAAGAUGGAGGAUGGACUGGUACACGAUGUAAGAGGACAUCCUGGGAGAGCACAAGGAGUCCAGGGAAACAUUCACCAGCACGGAUAUGAGAACGGGACGGGGGAUAUGCAUAUGGAACUGGGAUAUACGGAUGACACCCCUAUGGCUGCGAACCCCAAUGGAAACGGGACGUCGUUUUUCAACAACCUCGACGGGAUGCCGAACGUUCAUGACCAAAAUCACAGCUAUACGCAGAACAAUCCAUCCUUCUUGUAUACGCAACCCCAAGCGCAACAGAGGAAUCUCUUUUCGAACGGCAACAUCGGCAACACUAGCGGCCCUUACGAAUCACCUCGCCAUUCUCCACACCGAAUAGACGUCAAGCCAUUGACUCAGAAUGGACCUAGCAUGGGUGAACCAGGACCUUCUAGUUCUAGUUUUGCCCAGCAUCGUCCUGGAUCAAGAGGAACCGCAGCAUCCUCGUCAGUGUCGCCCGUCAUGGCUCGUAACAACACCUUCCGACCGGCUCCUUUCAGCCAAGCCGUCCCCGUCCCCGCUAGCAUGCCUCCACCGUCUCCUGUCGGUUUGCGAGUCGGCCUGACCGAUGCCGAAUCUGAUCAAGCGAGGUCGGUUCCCGGGUCUAACAGGAAACCAAGGCGGUCUGCCAAACCACGAACGUCCAUCGCUUCGACAUCGAGUGUAGGGGAUAUCGGAGCGAACUUUGCAGGAAUGGGGUUGAUGAGCGACAGCAGCAACAACAAUAAUCAGGUCCACGGUAACCCUCAUCUUCAACAUCGUCACCAACAACAGCAGCAUCAUCAGCAGGUGUCUGCGGGAGUCGGACAGGGCAUACCCUUCCCCUAUGGGAUGCCGUAUAGCGCACAGACCAGCACGAUGCCGACCCCGACUGGUUCGAAUGAGGAGGACGAUAGUAGCACCAAGCACUGGAAGGUUUCUUGUCCGCCUUCGUCUACGUUGAACAAUCUUCCGCUGUUCAUCCAUGGCAUCAAACGCCGGGGGGCCAAGUCGAGAGUGGAAACGCAGAUCAAAAUGAAGAUCACCGUGGCCAGAAACACAGCCGCGGCCGCGGGUCAAGUGUCGGAUGGGUUCAACUCGCCGUACGGUCAACAAGCUGACGUGGUAGAUGGGAUGAACGGGAACAUGAAUGUGCCUGGGACCGGCCCGCAGAGCCCGUGGCACAGUCCAUUCGAGAAGAUUGGGACGUACAAGGCCGUCAAGAUCCGAGCUGGAAUGGGUGCCAGACGGAGGACUCGGAAGACCGCAGACAAGGCAGGGGAUCCGAAUUCGUUGGGACCUUAUCGGCCAGAAGAGGUCCUGUUCCUCUACACCGAGGUGUGGUGCACGGAUCACCCUGUCAGGGCGUAUGCUUGUGCUCGAUGUGUGAAUAGGGAACGUCGGCGUGCUCAGGCUAGGACGCCUACCGCGAAAAAGGGCGUGGCACCGUCUGAGUCGGACGAACCUGUCAAUGGGCUUGGGCAGAAGGCGGUAUCGACGUCUCACCUAGGUCUGGAACCUGCCUACGAGCCUGUCGAUGAAGAGGGACUGACGCAGGAGGACAAGGAGCGGAUAUUGCUCUUCAACUGCGGACCGUUGGUAGAGCUGAUCGAUGGCGAGUGCGAUUUACCGGCUCGGCUGACGUGUUACUGCAAGCAUCACAAGGAAAAGACUGGAUUCAGGGUUGUUUUCCAGCUGCAUGACCACCUGGGCCGACUAGUUGCGAGUGCAACCACACCGCCGGUCAUGAUCACUGACGAUCACAAGACACCGACAGCAAAGGCUACAUCUGUCACGAGCGCAUUGACUGACGGCGGAGUCAGCGCGUCUUCGAAAGGAGGCGUCAACCCGAUGCGGUCCAAGCCAAAGACGAAAAAGAUCAGAGAAAGUUCUGCUUCAACGGAAGAGGAUAAAAAGUCGACGGCCUCGAAGCGACCUCGACAAGCAAAGCCUUAUGACCGCAAAGCUCAAUCGGAUGCCAAGUCGGCCGUCUCGAACGCAGGGCCAGUCUCGCCGCGGGGAUCCUUUACACCACUUGGCCUCUCGAUGACACCGCUGAACGGCCGGUCUGUGCCAGGGUCGCCUAUGCCAGCCACCGGAAACAGAAACUCCUACUUUGUUCCGACGGGAAUGGCAGAGCCAGGCUCGGGAGCAAUCUCGCCCAGUCUGGUCAUGACUGGCGGACCGUACGAGGGGCAAACUCCUUGGACGAAGCAAGGUAGUCCGAACGGCCUGUCCGCCGCCUUGCCCGCGAUCUCGCAGCAAUUAUCACAGUGGGCCGCCAGUAACGGUCAGGGGCAGCUUCACAACCAGGAACACGAUUUGGGCAACAACGCCAAUGGAAUGCAAUUGGACGAGCAAUCGUGGCAAUUCGGUUUGCAGGAUCCCAACAUGAACCCGAUGGCGAGCGGAGAAUUUGCUCAUAUGAUUAGUACUAAUGCCGGCCAGUUUCAAUUGCAACAACCCGACUUUGGCAACGGUAUGGCUAAUCAGCACCGGAUGCAGUCUCAGUUGGGUCUCAAUCCCUUUGGGCAAACGGAUCAUUCCGCUCUGCUUCAACAGUCGCCGGGGCAUAGGAUGCUGGAACCGGAGCCGGAUUUCGAGUCCAUGCUCAACUUUUCGCCGCAGAGCUCGCCUUCAACAUUACCUCAAGACUUUGCAAGUCCCACUUCGGAUCUUCACGACGCUUCCAAUUCGGGAUGGUCCCCUAUAGUGCCUCAUCAACCGAGCUCGACGCAAUUCGUCCCGCAACCUCUACCAGCUGUCCCCACUCAGCCCAGACCAGCCAUCAACCGAUUGGUACCGGCUGAAGGACCCACUCACGGGGGCGUCGAGGUCACAAUUUUGGGAGAGCAUUUCCACCCUGGCAUGGUUUGUAUGUUCGGCGCUUUCCCUGCUGUCACGGUCCAGUCGUAUGGACCCACUACGCUCGUCUGUCUGUUGCCGCCGAAUCCAAACCCAGGCCCAGUGCAGGUUCAGGUCAUUGGAGACAAUGGCCAGCCUGUCCAGCUACUACAAGGCCAGCAGCCGGCCAUCUUCACCUACAACGAUACUACUGACAGGAAACUUAUGGAAAUGGCGCUUACCGCCGUCGGUCUGCGAGUCACUGGACAGGUUGUUGGCGCUGUUGAGAUCGCGCGGCGUAUCAUGGGAGGUCCACAAGGAGCUGAUCAGCAGGGCCAAGGCUAUCAGAACGGCAGCAACGGCCCGCCUGGCCAUCAAAUGGCGCAUACUCAAAGUGACAUGUCGUCCGAAGAACAACAACUGGCAGAUGAAUUGGCGAGCGCGAUCUAUUCGAACACGAACAAGGACGUUCAGGCGGCCGUCAUCAAGUUCCUGGUCGCCUUCCUGCCGACUGAUUCGAGAUCUAGAAGCUUUUCGCGACGCAAGCAUUCCGGUCAGACGGCACUCAACCACGUUUCACCAGAGGGACAGACGCUGUUACACUUAGCGUCAUUGCUUGGAUUUGGCGAUCUUGUGCACUUGCUGCUUCGUGCGGAUGCUACUGUUGACAUCCACGAUCGAAACGGAUAUACCGCGUUCAUCUUUGCAGCUAUGGCGGGACACGCCAAUGUCGCUCGACUGCUGCUAGCUGCUGGCGCGCGUGAGGCCUCCUGUACGUUCAGCAAUCAAACCGCGGCGACGCUGGCUCAUCGAGCGGGUCAUGGGGCCGAGUACGCUACCGUCUAUAGCCGUAGCAGGCGGAUGCACGGCCAUUCUCCAGCUCAACCUGGCAUGCGUCGAACAUCAAUGACGAGCGAGUCUUCGAUCGAUGGCGACAACCCGAGCUCGGCGACGGACAACGACUCGGUCGAGGAGGACAUUUGGGCGAUUUCGCCGAAUAGACUGACGACUCCUGCCGACAUAAUGGCGGUACGAGAACCUGCCAGUCCUAAUCUGCCCCAGCUACUUCCCAAGUCCAAGUACGAUGUACGGGGCGAGACCGAUGGAGGCAGUAUCACACCUCGUGCUUCUCGCACGCCGUUACCUUCCAUGCCGUCGCCGCAAGGGGAUCAUCCGCCUCCCUAUAUGGCCGUAGACAAUGCCAACUGGCUGCAGAGGACGCUAUCCCACCUCCCGCAGUCUCGAGGUAUGCCGCCUGCGCCACACAUCAAAGACUUCAUACCGCCUGCACUGUGGGAGAAGCUGCCGUCAGCACAAGUCUUUGUGCCGCAGAUGCCUCAAAUGCCUCAGAUGCCGCAGAUGCCCCAAAUACCAGGCUCAGAGACACAGUGGGGCGCUCAGACUUGGUUGGCCAUGCCAAUGAGCGCGUUCAUGGCUGCCAUCUCUCGUAGUGGCGUUGAAACCCCGGAUGGUGCGCCAACUCCUCAGGUCGUAGCCGCGCCCACAAAAUCUUCGGCGAUUCAGACCAGAAAGGAGGAAGUGGCUAGGCAGCAAGCGGUACAGACCGCCCAGGCUAUCGGCUCGGUCAAUAUGACUGCACCCGUUGCUACACCGUCAAAGCGGAAGGAGUUGCGUUCCAGGAGGCCCAAGGAAACGUCAAGCAGGAUUCGACAAGAGCAGGUUACUGUGCAUACGCCUGUGAGGAGGAGCAAUCUGGCUUACGAAGUGCAACGACCGCCUCCGCCAGCUAAAGUGGACAAGAUGUUGUUCCUCUUUUGGCUUCCCGUCCUGGCUAUCGCUUUCGUCUACACUAUAGUUACAAGCCUGCCCUUCACCAUAGGCAAGGCUCUAUUGGGUCCCAUCUUAGGACCUCUGACCAGGUUUCUGCACAUCUGAUGUAUCUCGCCCAAGCUGCUUUCAGUAACGUUCAAAGCAACCAGAACACGAUCUCCAGUCUGUAUCGAUAGAGUAUCGCUUGAACCUCUCUCCGGGUUGUAUCAAGUAGUCCUUCUGCAGCUUAUUAACAGGCACACACAUCGUCAUCGAGGAUAUACUUCCGGUCACCGGUGUCACGUAAUGAUUCGGG